AGAUGUCAUGACACAUCCCGAUUUCAAGGCCAAGGAGUGCCCAUAUGACUGUUGGGGUAAUGGUGCGUGCGAUCCCUUCAGCGGGCGUUGCUCGUGUAAUUCUCGCUGGACUGGUUUGUACUGUGAACGUAUUAUUGGCGACUUCCGAAUCCCAGAGCACAACAAGACUUGGUACAAGCCCAAGGCUGGCAUCACCUGGCAGUGGCAGUUACAGGAUGAGAUAGAUCAAAGUUUCGAUGUAGACCUAUACGAUGUGGACGUGGACACAUCUGCAACAGUUAUCAGCCAGCUUCACGACGCAGGCCGUAAGGUGAUGUGCUAUUUCAGUGCUGGCAGUUGGGAGGAAUUCCGUAUGGAUGAGGCUAAACUAGCUCAAUCCAUCCGUGGAGGGCCAUUAGACUUUGGAGAAGGUGACGUGUUCACCGAUGAGGCCUGGUUGGAUCUCCGUCGUAUGGACAUGAUCUUGGAGGUAAUGCUCGAGCGUAUUGAUCUGGCGCGCGAUAAAGGUUGUGACGCGAUUGAGUACGAUAACUUGGAUAUGUACAUCCACGAUCACAAUAUCCCCGGAGCCGAAUUCGACCUAAAAAUCCAAUUGCAGUUCAAUAUCUGGCUGGCUGAACAAGCACACGCAAGGGGCAUGGCCGUUGCGUUGAAGAACUCGAAUGAAUUCAGCAUGUUCUUGGCUGACACUUUCGACAUGGUGGUGAACGAGGAGUGCUGGAUUUUCGGCAACUGUGAUAACUACUGGCCAUUCAUCAACCGAG